UCCCGGAACAGGAGAGAGAAAUGUUAGAUGGAGGAGGCAGGAGCGCGAUGGGAUGAGAGGCCGUGAGGAUCCAGCCGUUUCAUGCCACGUGAGCUCUGCCAGCAGGCGGCCCCAGGGAGAGAGCAGUGACAGCAGUGACAGGACCGACUGCUGCCGUGCCAUCCCAAGCUGGUGCCCAUACCACAUUGCUGGGUAAUUCUCGCUGCCAAGGCGAUACUGAAGACAUUUGGCGAAAGAGAUCAGCUCUUUCACUGUGAAUAUUUCCAACAGAGGACUCCAUUUAGAGACUGAAACACACAGAGAACAGAAUGGAAAAGCAUUGGGUUUUUUGGGCUUGUGCAGAAAGAUGGUUGUUGGCAUUAGCAUCCUGGUCCUGGGGACUGUGUCGAAUAUGUCUCUUGCCUUUAAUUUUAACGUUUAAUAUGUACGGUGGGAUAGUUUUACUACUGUUAAUCUUUGUCUCAAUAGCUGGAAUACUUUUUAAAUUUCAAGAUGUGCUUCUCUAUUUUCCUGACCAACCGUCUUCAUCCCGACUUUACGUCCCAAUGCCAACAGGGAUACCACAUGAAAAUAUAUUUAUUAAAACAAAAGAUGGUGUGCAUCUUAACCUCAUUCUGCUGAGAUACACUGGAGAUAAUGCAAACUUUUCACCUACUAUUAUUUAUUUUCAUGGUAAUGCAGGGAAUAUAGGCCAUAGAUUACCAAAUGCUUUGUUGAUGCUGGUAAACUUGAAAGUGAACUUGCUAUUAGUUGACUACAGAGGAUAUGGAAAAAGUGAUGGAGAGCCAAAUGAAGAGGGUCUGCAUCUGGACUCAGAGGCUGUGCUAGAUUAUGUUAUGACUAGGUCUGACAUAGAUAAAACAAAGAUUAUAUUGUUUGGACGCUCCUUGGGGGGAGCAGUGGCUAUCCAUCUGGCUUCAGAAAAUGCACACAGAAUUUGUGCUAUAAUGUUAGAAAAUACUUUUCUUAGCAUUCCUCAUAUGGCCAGUACCUUGUUUUCCUUCCUCCCAAUGAGGUAUCUUCCUUUGUGGUGCUACAAAAAUAAGUUCUUGUCUUACAGGAAAGUGUCCCAAUGCCGAAUGCCUUCCUUAUUUAUUUCUGGGUUGUCUGAUCAAUUAAUCCCUCCAUUUAUGAUGAAGCAACUGUAUGAACUGUCUCCAGCCCGGACUAAGAGAUUGGCAAUAUUUCCAGAUGGGACACACAAUGAUACAUGGCAGUGCCAAGGAUAUUUUGCUGCACUUGAACAGUUUAUUAAGGAACUGACCAACAAUCACUGUCCAGAAGAAAAUACAAAGACUUCCAACGUAACAAUUAUAUGAAUGCUUACCUCUUCUAUUUGCACCAUUGUAUAUUUUGUUUGUAAGAAGUGAUUGAAAGAAUGUAAUUUGUACAGUUUGUUAUCCUAACAUAGGCAAAUGAAAAUCAAAUUAAAUCUGGGAAGCGCCUCCAUAAUGUAGCUGAUAUUCUUUCAGCUUUGUCCAAACGUCUCUAUAAAAUUUCUUAUUAAAUCAAUGUUCAGUGCAUGCACUGUUUUAACAUAUGCUUUCAUUUUUUGGUUCUAGCUUGAAGGUUGCUUUCUUUAUUGAAAGUAGCACUGAUAUUUUUGUUUAUUCUGGAAUGAGGGCUUGCAAGUGAAAAUUUGUACUUAUCUUGUUCGUUUAAAGUUGUAUGAAUUUUUUUUUUAAAUUACAUUAGUAAGAUUAGUAGUUCUGCAUCUAAUACUCCAAACCAUUAUCAGACUAUGAUAUCAAAGUUACCAUAAUUCCCAUGUAAACUGGCCACUUAAAAAUACACCAUGUAUUUAUAAUGAACUAUUGUGUAUAUAGUGAAACAUUAUUUAUCUAUGGUUUAAAUGAGAAAUAUGUUAACCAUGUUUUCAAUGAAUCUUUUCACCAGGACACGGUUUAUAAACAUGUAAGUGUUUAUUCAGAUCAAUUGUUUCUUUUUACCAAUCCAUUAUUGACUCACUUGACUCUUGCAUUCCUGGUGAUAGCAACCAAAUUAUUUUUUUUUUUUCUACAUGCACAUAUACAUGCUCUUCCAAUUCUUGUCAUAUAAUUCCUGGCUUUGUCUUGACAUAAUGAAAUGCUACAGACUGG